GCACAUCACUAGAACUGUCAAAGACGAAACGUCAAAAGACGAAAAGAGGUUGUGUCCGCGCGUGGGAUUUUAACUUUUCCUAAAUAAUACUGUUUAAUUAAUCUAAUUUCUUGCAAAUGAAGUGAGAAUAAUUUAUAUUAACGCUUAGAUAACUCACUAGAAUAUGGUCGUCCACGUUGCCGAAAGCAGAAUCAAGCCUGAACUUAAAGUCAACAAACCUCAACAAUCUUCAAACAAGGAAUAUGUGGUAACGGAUUAUGUUUCUGAAUUCCCACCUAUAGAAAAUAUGGAAGCGGACGUUGUUACUCCCCAAGAAAAUAUUUCUUCCAGCCCGAGUAAGAAACGGAAAAGGAAAAUUUCCAAAAUAUCAAAAUCCGAAGACUUACAGACAUCUCCCGCCCAAAAUAAUCAAGAUACCAUCAGUAAAAGUGAUUUAGAAGAGCUAAGACGUGUUUAUGAACAGUGCAAAGCUAUAGUGGAUAAGAUUGAAUCAAAGUAUGGACAUCUGUUAGAAUUAAACACUAAGCAAUGUGUUAAUACAUCUGAAAAUGCCGAGAAUAUGAAAUGUAAAUGUAAAUUGAGUAAAAAGAUAGUAUUUGAUGAUAGCGGGAAUCAAAUGAACAUUGAAAACCCUUCUCCGAUACACAUCUGCCAUCUCAAACCUGCAAACCAAUUGAGUAAUGUACAAGUAGAGUACACCCCUGAUGCUACCCUGCCUGAAGACAUUAAUUCUGUACGAGAUUUACUAAAAAGCCCGCAACUCGACAAGGCAUACCGGGACCAAUUAAUUUGGAAAAUGAAAUCACUCAAAGAAGAAUACAUGACGGAACUGCGAUUCAACAAACAAAUUUUAAUUGAAGAAUUGAAAAAAGAUCCUAAUGAGCAUUUACAAUUCAAUGGCACUAACCUAUCAUCUCUCACUGGAUAUGAGUAUUAUAAAUAGCCCUAUAAAUUUACAUAUAAGUGUUAUGUAUACCUAAAUUAAUAAGUAACUGUUAAUGUUAUAUUUAAGUGUGCAUGAUAUUAAAUUACAUUAUUAUAUUUCUA